AUGUAUCCCAGUAAGAUACUGGAGUAUAUGGAAGGAUUCCUCAUCUCCAAGACAAUUUUCUCCUCCUGCGAGCUGGGUGUGUUUGAUGUGUUGCUGGGUGCGGAGCGCCCCCUGUCUGCAGAGGAGAUCAGUCAGGCGGUUGGGGCCAGUCUGGACGGCACUCAGAGACUGCUGGCUGCAUGCACCGGCCUGCAGCUCCUGAACACACACCAGGACAACGGACAAGUGUUUUACAGUAACACAGAGCAGUCCAGCGUCUACCUGACCCGCUCCAGCCCUUCAUCCCUCUACCAGUCCAUCCAGUACAGCUCCAGAACCAUCUACCUCUGCUGGCACUAUCUGACCGAUGCUGUCAGAGAGGGAAAAAACCAGUAUGAAAAGGCUUUUGGAGUCAGCUCCCAAGACCUGUUUCAAGCUGUCUACAGGUCUGAUGAGGAGAUGGUGAAGUUUAUGCAGUUAAUGAACUCCAUUUGGAACAUCUGUGGUAAAGACGUGGUUACAGCUUUCGACCUUUCGCCUUUCAAGGUCAUCUGUGACGUUGGAGGCUGCAGUGGGGCAUUAGCCAAGCAGUGCACGUCGGUCUACCCAGAAUGCACUGUGAAGAUCUUUGACCUCCCCAAGGUGGUGAGUACAUCGAGGGAACACUUUGUCACAGAGGCCGACCAGAGGAUAAGCUUCCACGAAGGGGACUUCUUCAAAGACCCCCUGCCAGAGGCUGACCUCUACACACUCGCCAGAAUCCUCCACGACUGGACCGACGAACGCUGCGUAGAGCUACUCAGCAGAGUCUACAAAGCCUGCAAACCAGGAGGCGCUGUGUUGCUGGUGGAGGCGUUGCUCCAUGAGGACGGCUCUGGCCCGGUGAGAGUGCAGCUCUACUCCCUGAACAUGCUGGUACAGACAGAGGGCAGAGAGAGGACACCUGCUCAGUACGCUGCCCUGCUGGCUGCCGCCGGCUUCACUAACAUCCAGCACCGGUUCACUGGGAAGAUCCACGAUGCUGUGCUGGGACUCAAAGAGCCAUAGACAGUGGAAAAACUUUUUACAACUAUUUGGGGAUUUCUUCUGAUUUGAAGUUUCUUAAAAAACUCACACUGUAUGACUAUGGUUUAGUUGACUAUUGGGCAGCCCUAUAGGCUAGAUGGUGUUUUUGACUGAGUGACUUUAACUAAAAUUUUAAAAUGGCACAGACAGCAUUGAUAUGAUGCAUACUAACAUAAUGUAUUAUAUUACAGCAAAAAAGUUGUAAAAAAAGUAGAUCAGUGUGGCUCUCUUUAUGAAUCAGGUGCGUGUACAACUUUAAAACACAUGUUUUGCAAACAUUUAAUUGAGCCAGUAAUCAAAUACAAUCAGCCAAUCGAACUUCACAUUCGCGCAAUGUAAAAUUCUCCAAUAAAUGCAAGGUAUGAAAUUUUUACCACUUAAAAACUGCAAAGAAAAGAUUACUUUUACUGACAGAAAAUGCAGAGUCCUAUAGAAAAGCAACCACCUCUGCUUGCUAACUUUACACUCAAUUUGCAAUAUUUUUCUGUUACAGCACCUAAUAAUUGGUAAAGCUAACUACUUAUGUGUGUGGUGUUAAUGUUUCAUUUUCUUUCAUUUAUAUCCCUUUAUAUGUCACUCUCAAAUGUCAGGUGUGUUUAAGCUGAAACCGGGUGUUAAGUUGCUCUUUAAACAACCUGUAUGAAUAUACUAACUACACUACUGAUGUUCCUAACAAUAAAAUACAUGCAUACUUUAGCAGUAAUUUUGUACCCAAGCCUGUUCAAAUUUUAAGAAUCAAGUAAGAGACUAACCCCAGUCCAGUAUGAUUCUGCUGUAAAUGAUUAGCCAUACACUGCAAAGGUCGUCCUCUAUUAGAUGGUAUGCAGCGUGAGCUUCCUGUCUCAUUGCUAAGAAGAUGAACUUCUUUACAUAUCUGUUCUCAUCACUCAAUCCUAAGCCCUGUGUCUGAACCCCCUCGCCUCUCACUGUUCUUAACAGCCUAGUAAAGCUGUCUUUGUAUCAUGUUCUUUGUAAUGAUGGACGUGACUCAAUAAAUCUUCUUCACAAUG